UAGAAAAAUACAUGUCUACAAUGAGUGAUUUCAAUUGUUGCCCUGUGCUUACACGUAGCACAUACAGUUUGAGUGCCACAACCGCAUAGGAAAGUGUAAAAGCCACAACAUAAUUUUGGUGGGAAUUCGCACACACAUCCAAAUGUGUGUGUGUGUGUGUAUGAAAACAAAUAUGCGAUAUUUCACUGUCGGUUUGUCUUCGCCAGAAUGUGAAUGUCCCACUGGGCCUUGCUUCCAGACAAACAGGUCUUUGACUGAGGAAGAAGAGAGCUUUGUCAGACACAGGCGAUUCAACACACCCCGUGUGUGUGUGUGUGUGUGUGUGUGUGUGUGUGUGCGCGUGUGUGUGUGAGAAAAAGAGCUGAUGUGUGUCUCUUUGAGAGACCGUGUGUAUGUCUGUGGGGAAGAGAUUGUGUCUGUGUGUACGGGACUGUUCCACACAGUGAGUAGCAUGUCUGUGUAAAUGUAUAUGUGUGUGUGUGUGUGUGUGUGUGUGUAAGAGAGACAUUCAAUAAGAGAGGGAAAACAGGGCAAGUGUCCUCAGUCUACUAUCCACAGACAGGGAGUGCACGUGUGCGCACAUUUGUGUGUGCGCCAGCGUUUUUUGUUGUUGUGGUUUUCAUGCUGUUGUUGUUGCUGUUGUCAAAAUGGAAGCAAAGCAGCUCUUGCUCACCGCAGCUCCGUCUCACACGGUGAGUGACGCCGGAUUUCUCUUCAUUUCUCACCUCCGAUAUCAGCUCUUGGAACCCCAUGCUGCCUGAUUCUACUUCUUCUUGACAUCUCCCAUAAUCAAUAACCAACUAAAUGGAUGGAAUCUGCACCGCUGCUCAUUUGUAAUGUGCCGUUUAGAUAGCGGUCACGAGGAGAAACAUGCUAAUAGUGAGAUAAUGCAACGGUUGUAAUAUUAUUGGUAGCCAUGGCGACAGCGCGGCUCUUGGGAUAAACAUUUCAGUAGGUUGGAUUAAUAAUUAUUGGAUGGAUUGCCACAAACUUUGGUACAGAUGUUCAUGAGGAUGAAUCAUAAUUACGGGAGGUUUUUGACAACUAUGGUUGCAUGAUGUUUGGUUCACACUGGUUGCUUCGACAAACAGCCAAUGGGAUUCUUCCAUUGGGUUUUGGGGUUAUUGCAGAAAAUAAGCUCUGUGACAAACGCACGUUUAUGAUACAUAAAGAUAAUCUUCUCCGAUGAACACAGUUUUUGUGAUUUUCGAAGCGUGAGUGUAAUUGUAAGAAGUUAACGGCUAACGUGUAAACCAACUACACCACAAUCAAAUGAGCAGUAGUAUUGAUCUUUUUUUUUAAACAUGCACAAAAUUCAACAUUCUUAUUAAUAUUCACAAACAUAUUUUAUUGUAGAACGCAACUUUAAAAAUGUCUUAACCACUGGCAUCCAAACAAAAACCCACUGAACAAACGCAUCGAUGAGGGAGGCGGAAGAACAACAAUGAUGACUUAUUUCCUGUUUUUUGGACUCAUUCCCGCAGCGCUCUAAGCUUCUUGACCUCAAAUUCCUGUUCGCUUUUACCCAGCAGCCCUCUCUGCAGGCAGGCCGGCAAGCUGGUGUUGAUUCUGCAUCACAAUAAAAAAGGAAAUAUACUAAUCAUGUCGGGGAAGCUGUGCGAGAAACUCUAAAAAACCAGCAUGAUGUAUUUUCCAUUGACUUAGAGGGUUUCCUGAGCUUUGUCUUUGAAAGGGUUCAUUUCAAGGCAAUUUGUAAUGACGUAGAUUUGAACGGGAAUCCCUGCUAAUUGAUUUGACCUUUGCCCCCAGGCUACAGCCUCCCGGUGACACUGUAAUCCCCCUUUGCUUUACGGCUAUGUUGAUUUAUGGAAUGUGAUCAAAUGACCAGCCGCUCACAUCACAUGACUCGAUUGUGUGAGAAAACCUGUUUCACUUUCUCGCUCUGUUAGAACCCCGAUAGAUACAAUCGCCUCGUUUUUGAAUGAUGAAAUGUUUUAGUAUCUAAUUUGGAAAUGGAAUCCGGUGAUUUUGAAGGUUUCAGGAAAAUCAGUUCAGAACUGCUGAUGCGUCAGUUUGCACCAAUGUGGAGAAAAUAAACGUGUAAUACUUUCUGCUUAUGAAACGCAGGUCUUCAUAUAACUUAUAAGGUGGUAAUGAAUAGUAUUACUCUUUAAAACACCAUCUCCGAUAAUAAAAGAAUCGAAAAAAUCUCAUUACUUAUGUCUGUUAGUCUAAUUAGCUCUACAUAGGUCCUAGAUGUCUAUAAGGGGGCCGUAGGGAACAGGGAUGGAGGAGGGGUGUGAUGAGUGCCUUUACUUUAGUAAAAGUACCAAUGUUAAAUUGUAAAAUAGAUUUAUUAUAGAGUUAAAAUCCUGAUUUCUAAAUCUUCAGAGAGCUCUCCAAAAGGUACAAAGGGAUCUGCAGCAAAAUAACACUUCAGUGCAGAAAAACUGAACCUUGUAACUGCUUGUGUGUGUGGUUGUGGUUGUGCGUUUGUGUGUGUGGCAAUCAUACACACAACACUUGGUUGUGAUAUGACUGAUGGGCAGGAAAGAAGAGAAAAAUAAGUUGUGUAACACACAUUUGUAUAAUAAUUGUUUUUCUUCUAUAAAAAAAUAAGGAAAAAAAGGAGCCAUUAAAGUGUUAAACUACCAGUUUAAUCUAUAUAUCUAUCUAUAUAUUUAUCUACUAUGUGUUUUAAAAGCAUCUGUUUUGUAAUGUAACAACUCCAUCUGCAAAUAAACUACAGCUGUUAUUAUAUACAUAUUCAUACAUGGUUUUUGUGUUGUGUUUAUGCAUCCUGGCAUCCUAGUUCACUGGCCCUCGUUUCAUUAGGAAUUAUAUAACUUAUUUUAAUAACAACUCUUUUACGACGCUUCUCCCUUUAAGGCCACACUCCGCUGCUAAAGGAGAAGCAUCGUUGCUAUUGUUGCCUCUCUCGUCUCCUCCUUCCUUCCUCCCUCUUUCCCCUCCCUUCACUCAUCCAUCCAUCCGCGUACACCCCCCAUCCCUGCUCUCCCGCACACGCACACCGAUUUUCGCAUCGCCUCCUCCGGCACGAUGACCAACGAUUCCCCGGAGGAGACCCGAGCUCCGGGCGGCGGCGGAGGAGAUAGGGGAGGAGGAGGGAAAGGGAACACACGGAGGAACCGAGCGGACGACAAUGUCACCAUCCUGACAUCCUCCAUGGACCUCCAGAGAGCCAGCAGCCGGAGCCGAGCCAGCAGCAGCAACGACGCCGCCCCGAGCAUCACCUCCUCCCUGGAGCUGAGCAUCCAGACGCGGAUCUUUAAGAUCAUCGUCAUCGGGGACUCGAACGUGGGCAAGACCUGCCUCACCUUCCGCUUCACCGGGGGCAGCUUCCCCGACAAGACCGAGGCCACCAUCGGCGUGGAUUUCCGGGAGAAGGCGGUGGAGCUCGAAGGAGAGACUAUCAAGGUGCAGGUGUGGGACACGGCGGGCCAGGAGCGUUUCCGUAAAUCCAUGGUGGAGCACUACUACCGCAACGUCCACGCCGUGGUCUUCGUGUACGACGUCACCAAGAUGGCCUCCUUCCGCAACCUGCAGACGUGGAUAGAGGAGUGUAACGGCCAUCGGGUCUCAGCAUCGGUGCCUCGAGUCCUGGUGGGGAACAAGUGUGACCUCGUGGACCAAAUACAGGUGCCCUCCAACAUGGCGCUGAAGUUCGCCGACUCCCACAACAUGCUGCUGUUCGAGACGUCGGCCAAGGACCCGAGGGAGAGCCAGAACGUGGACUCCAUCUUCAUGUCGCUGGCGUGCCGCCUCAAGGCCCAGAAGUCCCUCCUCUACAGAGACGUGGAGAGGGAGGACGGCAGGGUGCGGCUCACACAAGAGACUGAAACAAAGAGCAGUUGUCCUUGUUGA